GUUACUUGUACUCAAUAUACUAUAUAUAGGGAGGUUAGAGCCAGUGGUGCAGCACUUCAACACAUCUGACAGCAUCUACAUCUAGCAUCACUGCUUCAACACAUUCAGCAUCAUGAUGCUCUGCCUGAAGCUUACUCUACUCACCUUGCUUAUUGCAGCACCUGGCCUGCUCGUUUCUGGAGAAACUGUGAUUACCUGUGAUGGUGAUGUCCAGCGCCUCACUUGUGACACUGGAGUGAUAAAGGUGAAGUCUACUGUGUACGGCCGUUCAGAUAGCACAAUCUGCAGUACUAAACGUCCCCAUCUUACAGUUACUGAUACCAGCUGUUACAGUACUAUUUCCACUAUUGCUGACAGAUGCAAUGGGCUAAGAGAGUGUGAGGUAAAGACGGAUUUGCUUGGCAGCUCUGACCCAUGCAAAGGAACCUACAAAUACUACACUACCACUUAUGGUUGCAUUGAUGCCCGGGAAGCUGUGGUCUGUGAGCAUGGCUACCGCACACUGGACUGUGGAACGGAUACUAUUGAGAUCUUAAAUGCGAACUUUGGGCGUGCUGAUUCUGUAACCUGUUCAAGUGGACUCCCCAACGGUUUCACCCAGAACACCAACUGCUACGCUCCAAACACCCUUUCAAUUGUCUCCUCACUGUGCAAUGGAAUGAACACUUGCACAGUAGAAGCUUCCUCCACUGUCUUUUCAGAUCCUUGUAAAACAACUGCUAAAUAUCUCACAGUGUCCUACACAUGCAUCGCUGGGCAGCCAAAUCCAUGUCCUGUUCCACCAUGUGACUAGAGGGACUGCAGCUUUCUUCCCAGGAAUCAGCUUUAAAUAUGCAACCAUGCACAUGAUAAAGUGCAGGACUGAGUGGUGGGAUACUUAACUUCUGCAUGUUACAUAAUCAACUACUACUAAUUAUUUUAAUUUUGCAUAUUUUAAUCAGCUUCUUUUAAACUUUCCCCUUUAUUGAUGACUAUGCAAUAAACUAUCCUCUGAGUGCAAGCAUAA